UGCAGGCGGGGGGGCCAAGGCCAAUUGCUUAUUCGCUGAAAAACAAAAAGAAAGUCAAAGAGACGAAGUUUGAAGAAUUGACCAAUUCGCCAGUCCAAGCCGGUAGUCCCAGCCAGUGGCUCGCAGACAGCCGACGCCUGCUACCAAACCCUGAAUUUCAACUCCCACCCUCUCAACUAUGCAAUUCCUGUUUUUUUAUUCCUUUUUUAUUCUCAAAAUUCCAAAUAAACCUCUCCUGCUUCUCCAUUUCUGUUAUUUUCCCCUUUUCAUAUUUUCCUAUUCCAAUAAAAUAUUCUACAAUUUCUCUUCUAUGAUUCUGGUUUUUGUUCCGUGAUACUUUUAUUUAAUUUAUAUAUAUAUAUAUAUAAUUAAUAUUAAUAUUCAGAAGAAGAAGAAGAAGAAGAAGAAUUUGAAUUUUCGUUUUGGGGUAGCAAGCCAUGGGAGGUCUUUGCUCCAAGAGUUCCAACUCAGGAAACGUUUCGGCGGAGAAGAAUUGGGAUUCCGAUCGCCACAAGUAUGCAGCUGCUGCUACUACUUCGUCGUAUCAGAAGACUGCGAAAGCCGUCGUCACGCCGCCUAUGCCGGCGGAUGUGCAGCGGGGAAUGACAGAUAAGAAGUUGCCGGACGAGAGAGAGCCGGUGGCGGUUCCUUUUGAUGCGGUGGCGGUGGAUGAUGAAUUCUACGACGGGAUUCCGAGGUAUCCGAAGGCUUUAACGCAGAAAUCUAGGUCUGUUAGGUCCACUCAGGCGGCUGUGGCGAAGGUUUCUGCAGGUUUAGGUAGAGCUGGUACUGUUGGGUUUGGAAAAGCAGUGGAGGUCUUGGACUCACUUGGGAGCAGCAUGACAAAUUUGAAUGCUGGCAGUGGAUUUAAUUCUACAGCUCCAAUUAAAGGCAGUGAAAUUGCAAUUUUGUCAUUUGAGAUUGCAAACACUAUUGUAAAGGGCUCCAAUCUUAUGCAAUCACUUUCAAAUAGGAGUAUUAAGCAAUUGAAAGAAGUGGUGCUUCCUUCCAAAGGUGUGCAACAUUUGAUUUCGAAGGAUAUGGAUGAGCUGCUAAGGAUUGUUGCAGCUGACAAAAGGGAGGAGUUGAAAAUCUUUUCAGGGGAGGUGGUUCGUUUUGGAAAUCGUUCUAAAGAUUCUCAAUGGCACAACUUGGACCGCUAUUUUGAGAAAAUCAGCAGAGAACUUAGCCCUCAAAAAAAUUUGAAGGACGAGGCGGAGACAGUGAUGCUGCAACUGAUGACUUUAGUCCAGUAUACUGCUGAAUUAUACCAUGAACUACAUGCAUUAGACCGAUUCGAACAAGACUAUCUGCGUAAAUGCCAAGAGGAAUCUGCAACUGGCACUCAAAAAGGUGAUAGCAUUGCAAUUCUGAGGACAGAAUUGAAAAGCCAAAGGAAACUAGUUAAAAAUUUGAAGAAAAAGUCGCUAUGGUCAAAAAGUUUGGAAGAGGUGAUGGAGAAGCUUGUAGAUAUUGUCCAUUUUCUACAUUUACAGAUACACAAUACCUUUGGAACUACUGAUGCUCAUAAGCCGGUGGAGGGAUCCACAAACAGUCGUCAAAGAUUAGGACCCGCUGGCCUUUCGUUGCAUUAUGCAAAUAUAGUAAUUCAAAUUGAUACUAUUGUAGCCCGAUCAAGCAAUGUGCCCCAAAAUACUAAGGAUGCAUUAUACCAGAAUUUGCCACCUAAUCUAAAGUUAUCAUUGCGCUCGAAGUUACAAUCUUUCCGUGUUAAAGAUGAGCUAACUGUUACUGAAAUCAAAGCUGAAAUGGAAAAAACUUUGCAGUGGCUUGUUCCAAUUGCAACGAACACAGCGAAAGCCCAUCAUGGUUUUGGCUGGGUUGGAGAGUGGGCAAACACUGGUUCUGAGUUGAACCGAAAGGCUGCUGUGCAGACUGACGUGAUUCAAAUUGAGACAUUACACCAUGCUGAUAAAGAGAAAACAGAAUCCUGUUUACUUGAACUAGUGUUAUGGCUUCACCAUUUGAUUACGCAAAGCAUGUCUAGCGGCAAAAAUGGAGUUAGCAAAUCACCUCCCAAGUCCACAGCUCUCUUGAAGACAAAUCAGCAAUCAAAGGCUGUAGCUAAUGGUUCCCAAUCAGCUAAUUUAACAUCCGAAGAGCAAGAGAUGCUAAAAGGGUUAACUAAAAACCGACGUAUGCGUGGAAUUAGUAAAAGUCAGGACUUUGAUAAUAGGGAUACUGGUUUGAGAAGGCACAGCAGAUUGAGCAAGAGUAGUAGCUAUUCCCCUCGUAGAGGAAACCGGGAAUUGUUAUCCUUUAGUAGGUUUGCUUCUGGUAUUCAUGUUGUUGAUUUCGGUAUCGACAAGGAGAAAGCAUUAGAUGUUAUAGACAGAGUAGACUCACGUAGAUGAAUUGCUGUAAUGUAAUCUUUGUAGUAUCUUGUGGAGUGAAGAACAGUGUAUACAGAGCAAAUACCCUUUUGUAAAUCUAUUGUUUCUAGGUAGUAUUUUGUGUGUUUUUAUAAACAUUCAAAUUCCGUUUCUAUUUCUUUUUCAAAAAGGAGUUUAUGUUUUUUUCUUGGCAGUUAUAUUAUUUUGUGAUAGGAUUCUAUAAUGUGAGUAUUUACACUGAAAAGUUCUGAUUUGAAUGGAUAUUAUUAUUAUUUGUUUU